AUGCGCGCAAAUUACGUCGCGCGUCGCGGGGAAAGCCUCCACACCCUUGACUCUGUCCUUCGUCCGCUGCGAGAGCAAAAUCCUCACUUCGCACCAAAUGUUGGUCUGGCCGUAUACCGUAUUCCGCUGGGCCCGCUAUCGACGAACACACCAACAGCAGGUGUCAUCCACGAGACGGCGACAACGACAUUCUUUCUACAUACCUUCGCAAUGCCGUCGAACAAUACCGGCGGUAGCCGAGCCAAGAACAAGGACGGCAAGCUCAUUGAUAGCCUUCGGGAAGCCUGUCCUCCACACAAACACAAAGACCUCGCGGCGCUGGUCAAAUCGCUCAAGGGUGACGAGGAAAAGAUCCGUCAAAAGAUUAUGGAAUGGUGGGAGGAACAGCCCGUUUCGACCGAAGAAGAAUGGGAGGACGUCAACAAGCGCAUCGCCAAGAAGAAACCCGAAGUUCGUGGGGGUCGUGGACGCGGAAGGUCCGAAGGCCGUGGACGUGAGGCGGGACGCGGAGGCCGCGGCGAUGGCGGCCGAGGCCGUACCGGUGAAGGGCGCGGGGCGGGUCGGGGGCGCUCGACAGCCCCGCGAGCCAACGACAGGCCCAAGAACAAUACCACGCUCACAGAGACAAGUGCCACUGCAGAUAAACCCGUUGCAGAUCCCGAGAUUGGAAUUCCCAACUUGAACUCGGUCCCGGCUCCACUCGGAGCGUGGGCGAAAAAGACCGGCGACUCCAUUCCGGCUGAAGUUUCUGCUCCCGAUCCGGUCCCGACUCCCGCGCCAGUGGCUGCCGUAACACCUCCUUCUCCCGUAGCCCCAAUGGUAUCGACUCCUGCGGCUCCCGGUAUCCGUGCGACAAGUGGAGGGAACGUCUGGGCCACCAAGGGAUCGGCGCACCUUAUCCGUGCGGAAAAGCCCAAACCGCCGGCCCCGGCUGCCCCAUAUGUACCAAAAGCAGAGGCACCCCGGGUGCGACGGACCGGGGUCUCCCGCGAGGCACCCACGACCACUGCACAACCACCCGCUUCUGUGCAUAUGAAUGUGCCAGUCGCUCCUGCUCCUCCUGCACCGGCUACCACUGCACCAACCACAACGGCCAACGCAUGGAGCAAGAGCAGUGCGGUUUCAGAAACAUCCAAAGUAGACCUUCCACCCUCAGCUGUGGGUAGCAAACAUAUUGGAUCCAUGUCACCGGCUGCUCCUCCAGCUCCGGCCGCCCCUCUAGAAAUGCAGCAACAGACCAAACCGCCGAAGGCACCUGGACCUGUCUUGAAUAUGGGUCGCUGGGAAACAACUGAUGCCGACGACGCUAAUUUGGACUUUGGAUUCGGCUCCUUUGAUGAUGCGGGUGGCCCAGGUCACCAGGUGAACGCCAGCGUAACGGAGAACGAAAUCGCUCCUCCCGCACCGGCGGCGUCUCCGGCUAGACCUCCGCCUGGUCUCUCCCUUACAGGCAUUCCGCCGAUGCCAAGCAACGCUGUCAUGGUGCACGAGCUAGAGAACAAGCUCGAAGGAGCCACACUCAACGCCAGCGCUGGUACCGGUGACAACAAUUCUCAUCCGCAAACCAGUGGACCUUCCAUGAACAGCACUGCACCGGGCAUGUACCAGGGUGGAUACGGCCAACCCUACGGUAUCCCUGGUAGCAAUAACAUUGCGUCCUCCAUGGGUAUGUACAACUACAACGCGCCCGGCGCACAGGGCAAUGCAUUUGCUGGCAUGCCCGGCGGUGUUCCAGGGCUGGGUGGACCCUCUCAGCCAAAACUUGGCGGUGGCAUCCCUCCAGUCCAGGCCGGCGGAUUGUACGCCGCUGCACAGCCUGAGCCAAGCUCCGGCAACGAAUCUGGAUCGAUAGCGGCAUCGAAUCCGACUGAUCCUAAUGCAACCCCCGGUAUGCCACCAGGCAUGCCUAACAUGCCUUACGGAAACCCAGCGCUUUAUUAUGGAGGUCAAGCUCCUUUCCACAUGGGACAGCAUCAAGGCGGUAUGGGUUACAACUAUGGGUAUGGUGCCCAAUUUGGAGGCGCUGUGCAGGGUGGAUUUGGAUACCCUCAAGGUAUGGGGCAGAGUGCUGGGUAUGCUCCCCAUUAUGGUGAUCAACACGAGCAGCAAGGAUCACACGGCAACAGCGGUGGCUACCAGAAAAACAAUGGCAAUUACCGUGCACGCAAUCAGCAUCACAAUAAUAAUCAGUAUCACAACCAAUAUCAACAGCAUGGUGGUUAUGGCGGCCAACCAUACAAUAUGGGUUACCAAGGUGAUCAUUUUCAACAACGUGGAGGAUACGGCCAGCACGGAGGCAUGCCCGAUCCGUACAACAUGCAACAGCAACCUCAACAGCACCAGGGAGGGGGAAACUACGGAGGAGGUUUCCAAGACGACGAACAGUACAAGGGUAAAAAGGGUGGCAACCGCCCCUUUCAACAACAGGGUCCGCCUCAGGCUCUGGGCACUGGACAACAGACAUUUGGCUUGCAAGGACAAGUUGCCGAUUCAAGCCAACCGUCUAGCGGCUGGUCCAAUCAACAGGGAGCUACUGGUGGAUGGGGCGGUGGUACGCCAAGUUGGCAACAAAACAAGUAA